AUGGCCGAAGAACCAACUACUGGCGCAACUUCCUUGCAAGCCCUCAACACCCAAGCAGUGCUAAUACAACUCCCUAUCGAAGAAGCGAAACAAAGCUUCACAGGUCUCCCACCAGUAGCCCAAACAAACCUCUUUGGAGAUCUGCUCAGCCAACACCGCGAGCUGCAGCAGAAAGAGGAAAACCUUCAGCAAUCCAUCGCUCGCUUGCCUGCGGCAGACCGUCAUGUCGCCCUGAACCACUGUCACCGUCUCGAGGAGGGCACUGACUACGUGCAUGAUCCCUGCGAGGCCGCGGAGGCUUUCCGUCAGGCCUGGCAGUACAGUGACACCUAUGUACGCGAAGAGAUUCCGAGGAGUUUCCUGGGAGGGGUCGACUGGCAGGGUGGGCCCGAUAUCAUCCGCUUCAGUGAGGAUGAGCCGUAUCGCCAUAUGUUCUUUGACGAAAUGUCUGCGCGAUUCGAUGUCGUUAAGAAACUGCCGUUGCGCUUCAACAAUGGUAUCUCAAGCCAGCUACUGCUUUAUCGCCUGUGCGCUACUUUCGGAGCGCUGCCACUAAGCUGCGAGGCGACCGAGCGCUACAAGUCGUGCUGGGACUUGAAUUUGGUCUACAAGAAGGAAGCUGACGCGGCGGCGACCACCACUGGGGACGGCGCCUCUGAGGAUGCGCCUCCAUCCUGGCUCCUUUUCCAGGACUUCAAGGGGUGGUGUAGCGUUUUCUUUGGUGGGUCUCAGGAAGCUUCGGAGAACGCGCUAGAGCUGGUCAAUUAUUUGGUCGGUCCUAAGUGUGCGCACACCUACGAUGGUGUACUGGCUGGUUGCUCGGCUUGA